AUGGAAAAAACUGCAGCAAACUUAAGCAUUAUAAAAGGCCAUAUGAACUCAAAAAUACUCACUAAUAAUUAAGCGACAAACACCUAAAAAUUAAGGCCAAUAGAUGAUGUUUGGGAGAGUUUGAAGAUGGAUGAUAGCCUUUCAAAAGAAAAGAUAGAAAUGAGAAAGAAAACCAGAUCAUUUAUGGAGUCAAUAGAGCAAGAGUUAGUCGAAUAUAGUAAUAAGGCUGAGUUCCCUCAUCAUUAGUUGCCUAACCUAGCUAAAUUAGGAAUAAAUGGACUUUAGUUGAAGGAUCAAGGCCAUCCUGGUCUUACAAGUGCAGAAAUGGGUGCUAUGCUCUAUGAAAUGUCCAAAAUUGACAUGUCAAUUGCCACUUUUUAUCUAUCUCACAAUUGUCUUGCUAUGAGUGUGAUUGGAUUUUUAGGGAGCGAAGCAUAAAAAUAGAAGAUAUUGCCUGAUUGCCAAACUCUUAAGAAAAUAAUAAGUUUUGGUUUGACAGAGCCUGAGCAUGGUUCAGAUGCUUCUAAUUUAAAGACAAGCGCAAAGAAAGUUGAGGGAGGGUACAUUUUGAACGGAUCUAAAAGAUGGAUUGGCAAUGCUACUUUCGCUGAUUACAUUAUCAUUUGGGCAAAAAAUGAAGCAGAUAAAAACAAAAUACAAGCCUUCAUAGUAGAAAAAGGAUCUUAGGGAUUUAAAGCUGAGAAAAUUGAAAAUAAGUAUAGUGCAAGAAUCAAUUAAAAUGCUAUGGUAACACUUGAAAAUGUUUUCGUGCCUGAUGAUAAUAAGUUAGCCAAGGCUGAAGAUUUCUCUUAUACUAACCUUAUUCUUGAGCAUUCAAGGAUAUGUGUAGCCUGGACAGCUACUGGAAUUGCUGUAGGGGCUUAUGAGGCAGCUUUGAAAUAUGUAUUGCAAAGAAAAUAAUUUGGUAAAUAGAUCGCUGCUUUCCAAUCAACUUAGCUUAAACUUUCUAGAAUGCUUGCUUAGUGUGAAAUGAUGGUUACUCUCUGUAUGAGGACAUCCUAACUCUUAGAUGAAAGCAAUACAACAAUAGGUUAAAUCGGUAGAGCUAAAGCUAUUUGUAGUGCAACAGCAAGAGAAGUCUGCGCUACUGCCAGGGAAUUGUGUGGUGGUAACGGAAUAUUAUUAGAGAAUAGAGUAAUGAAAAAUAUGUUAGAUAUGGAAUCUGUUCAUACAGGCGAGGGGACUUAUGAGAUUAAUAUGCUUGUAUCAGGCAGAGAAAUUACUGCAGGAAUAUCAGCUUUUAAGUGA